AUGGCAUGCGGUCCGAAGUGUAUGGCCUUUUUGAUCUUCAUGAGCAUUUGGGGUAUUAUUUUCUUGGCAAUUCUCGGUGGACUGUACUAUAAUCAGUCUGUGGGUUUGUUCGAAGACAUCCCUGACGAAGAUCUAUCGAAAUGCCAUAUCACAGAUUGGCCUUGUCGUCAGAAGGAACUUGUGAAGUGA